CGUCGCUCCCCUUUAGCUCUAACUCAUCCCUCGCGUUGCAUUUGAAAUUUGUUCAGCGCCCAGACCCUCCCCAGGGAAUCACUGCUGUCUUUUUUUGGCUGCACGGAGCGCAGGAGCAGGGAAAGGCCUCGCUAUUAGAAGGAAUGUGGUAGUGAUGUAGAAGCAGGGAGAGCCGUGGCCUGCAGAGUACCCGGCACUGCCUCUGUUGCUGCUGCUGAGGCUGCUACUGCUGCUGCUGCUGCUGCUGCUGUGAUUCAGAUGCUCUGGCUGGAGCAAAACUGCUGAGGAUUUUUCUAAUCGGGGAUGCCCAGCUCUUACACUUCGUUUUAAGGAAUCUUACUUGUGUUACUUGGGCGUAACACACACAGCCGGGGCAGGGAGAAGGGAAGGAGUCAAUUGAUGCAACAAGAGGAUGAGAGGCUGAUCAGCAUUAUACAAGUGGGAGUCUACCCUUAAUGCUUGCUCUGAAUGGAUACACUACAGUCUUACAGUUCAAAAGCCAUUGUUCCAAAUCUUACACUGCUGAGAUCUAAUAAGGCUGAAACAGCUGUCAUCAAUUUGGAUAAAUUACUCUGAGUACCUGGCUGCACCUGUGCUGUUUAACUUGAUUCCAAGCACUUACAGAUCUGAAGGGGUAUAUUAGGAAGGAUUUGCAUGUCCCAUCACAAUUAUUAAGUGGUAAUCAUACGCUAUCCGUGAUUUGGAUGUAGUACUACUGGUGAGAAGAUGUGCAUGCAUCUCCACAGAUGUUAAGAACUGCAUUAUUAUGAUAAAAAGAGACAACCCAUUUCUUAGAGAAUCACAUAGCUACUGUGUGACAUCAUCUUGAAUGGAAGAAGAAAGUAAUACAGUAUUGGAUCUGCCACCACUUACAAACAAAAUGGGAAUCUCUCGAGAGAAAUGAAUGAGAUAUGUGACUUGGAUUAUAGCAUCUGAAGGACUAAGCUAUUCUUUUGGAGAAGAGUUCUAAAUGAGCCUAGCUGAGAUACUGGAUCUGUGUGAAGAGGACUAAGGAUAUAAUAGGAUGUCAACUGAGACAGAACUUCAAGUGGCUGUUAAAACCAGCACGAAAAAGGAAUCAAAAAAGAAAGGUCAAGAACGCAGUGAAGCCACUUUGAUAAAGAGGUUUAAAGGGGACGGUGUUCGGUAUAAAGCAAAACUUAUUGGAAUAGAUGAAGUCUCUGCUGCAAGAGGAGACAAACUAUGCCAAGAUUCAAUGAUGAAGCUCAAGGGGAUUGCUGCUGGUGCACGAUCAAAAGGAGAACACAAACAAAAGGUCUUUUUAACAGUCUCCUUUGGAGGAAUCAAAAUCUUUGAUGAAAAAUCUGGUAUAAUGCAUCAUCAUCACGCAGUCCAUGAAAUCUCCUACAUUGCAAAGGACAUUACCGAUCAUCGAGCGUUCGGAUAUGUGUGUGGGAAGGAGGGAAAUCAUAGAUUUGUGGCAAUAAAGACAGCACAGGCAGCAGAGCCUGUCAUUUUGGAUUUGAGAGAUUUAUUUCAGCUUAUCUAUGAGCUGAAGCAGAGGGAAGAAAUGGAGAAAAAGGCACAAAAAGAUAAGCAAUGUGAACAAGCUGUGUAUCAGACAAUUUUGGAAGAAGAUGUAGAAGAUCCUGUUUACCAGUACAUAGUAUUUGAGGCUGGCCAUGAAUCCAUAAGAGAUCCAGACAAUGAAGAAAGCAUUUAUCAGGUUCCUACCAGCCAUAAGAAAGAGGGGGUCUACGAUGUGCCAAAAAGUCAACCUAUAAGUAAUGGAGACUUAAUAAUUUUUGAUGAAAGUCCUUCUGAUGCCAUUGAGGCUGUUACCCAAUUAGCGCUUUUUGGAGAUAUGUCUACUCCUCCUGACGUAAUGUCUCCUUCAACCCCAGCGACUCCAGGUGAUGCCUUUAUGACAUGUUCAUCUCAGCUACACCCUGCCCCUGUUCAUAUAUUUGGAACUCUCCCUUACAAUCCCGUUGCUGUACCGUCAGGUUAUGUUGCAAUGGGAGCUGUCCAGUCAUCAUUCUGGGGACAACAACCAUUAGUUCAACCACAAAUGGUCCUGAGUGGCCAGCCUCAAGUUGCUCAGGUUAUGCAGGGAAACCAGACAAUUACUUGGGCCCAACCUGGCCUUUACCCAACUCAGCAACAGCCAUGGCCAACUUUACCUGGCCAGUUUCCACCCACUGCCUUCAUGCCAACACAAACUGUUUUGCCUUUUCAAGCAGCCAUGUAUCAAGGUACCAAUGCUCCUAUAGCUGCUGUGCAACCAACUAGUGACUCCAUGAGAUCAAGUCCAUUGCGACCUGAACAUAAACUAGGAAAAGAGAUGUUUCAGAUGGUAAAUCCUCCUCCAGUGCCAUCAAGAAACCCAGAUCAGCCUUCCCUCUUGUGUACCUCAGAGGCCUUCUCAAGUUAUUUUGACAAAGUUGGGUUGGUUCAGGAUACAGAUGAUUGCGAUGACUUUGACAUCUCACAAUUAAAUUUGACACCUAUGACAUCCACAUCACCAUCUACCAAUUCACCGCCAACCCCAGCCCCGAGGCAGAGCUCUCCUUCUAAAUCCUCAGCGUCUCACACAAGCGAUCCCAUUCCUGAUGACAUCUUUGAAGAAGGCUUUGAAAGUCCAAGUAAAAGUGGAGAACAAGAUGCACCUGAUGCAUCUCAGGCCUCAACCUGCACUGACCUAGGUGAGCCCAGUGGUGAUGCUAUAAGCCCACAGGUCGGUAGCUAGAUAGCACAGCUGGCGAUCAGAUCAGAAGAGUCACUCUAUGCCCAGAUCCAGAGACCGAAGAAAUAGCAUUUAUAGUGCUUGAAGAAGUGACUGAACACCUGGCUAGCUAUUGGCACUUGCAGGAUCCUUUCAACUGACCACAACAAUGGGUUUUAACAGUUUACUGAGUUUUGUGGCAAAGACAGCGCAAAGGAUAGUCUCUCUCUCUCUCUUUCAACACCAAUGUCCCAAAAGGCAAUGACAUGGAAGACAACUUUUGAUUUGUUCAUAUUCCCUAAUUUUGACCAUUUUACUUCUCUAAUGGGAACAAUGCAAGCUGAAUAUUUUAACUUACUUUAUCAUUUUUCUUUCAAACGUUUUUAUAGUCUUAUAUAUUAUAAAUAAUGCAGAAACCCCAAUGUAGCAGCAGUACCACAGAGGAUUAUGGAGGCUGAACAUUGCACUGUUGUUCCUCGUGGAAGCUUUUUUUAAGCAGCACCUAAAGAAGAGUCUCACUGAAAGACAUAUUAUUUUAUUUCAUAUGAUGACCCUCUUUAUAUGGGUUGGGAGUGGGGAGGAAGGCUCAAAAUACACAAUUUUUUUUAUAAUGUUGUCCCAUUAAACUCAGCAGUAGAAGAAGAGCUAUAUUAACUUUUAUGGUCUACAUGGAAAGUUGCCAAAUGUGAUUCAUAGAUUUACAAAAAAGACUUUCAAAUUAUAGAAUUGAGGAUGCUUCCUUACCUGGUACCUUGCUGCUGAAAAGCUAUGCAGACUCCUAUGUGUGCCAUUUUUGAAGAAUGAAUAUUUGCCUAAAAAACUCUGGAACAUAUCCAAAUGGUGGAUACAAAUGGAAUAUACUUUCUCUGGGGACUUUAAAGGCAUGACUUUUGCUAUAAGAGAAUCUGUGAUUAGAUUACCCAAUUCUGUCUCUUUUGUACAUUAGGGGAAAAAAUUGGAUUUUUAUUUUAUAAUUGUAACAUUAAACUCUUCAAAUGGAAAAGGCUUUAAGUAAUUAACAUACAAUGACAGAUUUUGUAAAUAUGAGUAUUAAUGACAAAUGGUUUAAUAUUGCCAUUACACUGUAGCAAGAUAGCGAAUGUCAGUGAUUGGAAGGUGUGUCAUUUUCAGGUUUCAUAUCACAUGGUUUUUUUCAAGUACAGAGUAAUUAGCUUGUCAGAAACUAAUAAACUGAAUGAGGAUCCUUGUAUGAUGAUUUUAA